UUCCUAUGUUACAUUUGCCGUUCAUUUAAUUUGCCCCUAAUUGUGUAAUGGAUCGCACGCGCCAGAUUUCAAUCUUGCUGCCACUGAGAUGAAGGAGGGACACUCGUGCGGCUCACUCACUAGCCGAGGUUGCCCAUCACUGAUCGAGACCUUGAAUGAGGGAUAAAAUAAAUGAGGAACUGGUAGUUUUUUUUAUCCAUGUACUCUAUUGACUUUGAGUUAUGGUUUGUAGAAUUACAUUGACCUAACUGUGGGUUAUUGACUGAGAGCCUGGGUAAGGGUAUUGAGCUCACAGCCUUCAGUCCGGCAGCCGGAACGAUUGUUCUGCGGACUGUUUGUUCCGGACGCCGGUCCUGCGGAUCGGGUGUUGGCGACGGACGUUCCCCCAGCAGCACCGGUUCUAGAUUCUCCACACGUGCCCGUUCCGAUCCCGAAUCUAAUCGGUUUGUCGCAGCUCGAUGGCGGCUUUGGAUUUUAUCGGGACGAUCGGCGAUGAGGAUGAGGUUCCGGAGGAGGAGGAGACGGGGUCUGAGGGAGAGGAACCGCCUGUCACCUUACUGAAGCAAAAGAAGUUGAGGAAUAAGUGUGUGGACUUCAGUGAAGACUUUCUGUUCACUGAGAAGGAUGGGGAAUAUGAUGACAACUGGAUGAUGGCAGAUGUCCUGAGCCAAUUGAAAAAGAAUAGAGCACCAACAACCUUGGAUGAUAAGAUAGACAAAGUGCGAAAGAGAAGAAAAAAAGAGGAGAAAUCUACAAAAGAAGCAAAGAGAAUAAAGACUGACUCUACUGAGGACACUGUGUCCAAACCUGAUACAAUAAAGGAAGAUGAAGAACCAGAUGAGGUGGAAGUUGAAGGUGAGGCUGAGGAAUCUGAUGGAGAAAAAGAGCCAGAAGAUGAGGAAGAUGAUGAGUCAAUAGCCGAAUUUUCCUCAGCAGAUGAGGAUAUUUUACAGAAAGCAGACACACUGAAAUUAAAGGGGAAGAAGAGAAAGAAGAAAGUUCCUGGGAAUGAUUCAGGUGUGUUCUUCGAGGAUGCCCCUCAGUUUGACGACAGCCUAACGUUCCAGGAUAUGAAUCUCUCUCGACCACUUUUAAAGGCAAUCACUGCAGUGGGCUUCAAACAACCAACCCCCAUUCAGAAAGCAUGUAUUCCUUUAGGUCUACUCGGCAGAGACCUGUGUGCAUGUGCCGCUACUGGAACAGGUAAAACUGCUGCCUUCAUGCUACCAGUCCUGGAACGCCUGAUUUAUAAGCCGCGACAAACUCCCAUUACUAGGGUGUUGGUUCUAGUUCCAACUCGCGAACUUGGCAUCCAAGUGCACUCUGUCUCCAGACAACUGGCACAGUUCACGUCCAUCACCCUCUGUCUUGCUGUUGGUGGACUGGAUGUAAAAACCCAGGAGGCAUCUCUGAGAGCGGGACCCGAUGUUCUCAUUGCCACCCCUGGCCGACUGAUUGAUCACCUUCACAAUUGUCCAUCCUUUGACCUCAGCAGCAUUGAGGUCCUUAUUCUGGAUGAAGCAGACAGAAUGCUGGAUGAGUACUUUGAGGAACAAAUGAAGGAGAUAAUUCGUCUUUGCUCCCACCAGCGACAGACAAUGCUGUUCUCUGCCACCAUGACUGAUGAGGUGAAAGACCUGGCAUCGGUGUCACUGAAGAAUCCAAUGCGAAUCUUUGUGAACAGCAACACUGAUGUAGCGCCAUUCCUCCGUCAGGAAUUCAUCCGGAUCCGCCCAAAUCGUGAGGGGGACAGGGAAGCAAUUGUUUCAGCUCUUCUGACACGUACAUUCCAGGAUCACGUCAUGCUGUUUACACAGACUAAAAAGCAAGCUCAUCGAAUGCACAUCCUUCUGGGGCUGAUGGGACUGAAGGUUGGUGAGCUGCAUGGUGACCUCUCUCAGACCCAGCGAUUGGAGGCCCUUAGGCGCUUUAAGGAUGAACAGAUCGAUAUUCUUGUAGCCACUGAUGUUGCUGCCAGAGGACUGGACAUUGAUGGGGUCAAAACGGUGAUAAACUUCACGAUGCCCAACACUGUCAAGCACUAUGUGCACAGAGUAGGCCGCACAGCACGAGCAGGCCGCAGGGGACGAUCUGUCUCCCUUGUUGGCGAAAUGGAAAGGAAAAUGUUGAAAGAGAUUGUGAAGAAAGCCAAAACUGAAGUGAAAGCUCGUGUCAUUCCACAAGAGGUGGUGAUGAAGUUCCGGGACAAGAUCGAGAAACUGGAAAAGGAAAUCUAUGCGGUGCUGCAGCUAGAAAAGGAGGAGAAAAUGCUGCAGCGAUCAGAGGCUCAGAUUAACACUGCCAAAAACAAACUGCAGAAGGAUAGUGAAGAGACAAGACUGGAGCGCAGCUGGUUUCAAACCAGAGAGGAACGGAAGAAAGAGAAGGUUGCAAAGGCUCUGCAGGAGUUCGAGGUCACCUUGAGAGGCAAAAAGAAGAGAAAAUUGUUCAUGGAAAAUAUUAAGAAAAAGGGAGAGAUGACGGCGGAAGAGAGAACGCAGUUUGAAAUCAUGAAAUCGCAGAUGUACGCAGAACGCAUCGCUAAGCGAGGUCGUAGGCCAAAGAGAGCAAGAGUGAUGCCGGAGGAUGAGCCAAAGGCUGCAGCAGGGAAUAAAAAGAACAAAACAAACAAAUCAAAGAAGUCUGUGUUUGAUGAAGAAUUAACAAACACAAGUCAGAAGGCCCUUAAACAGUACAGAGCUGGGCCAUCCUUUGAAGACCGAAAGAGGCUAGGAAUAACCCAGCACAGGAAAGGUGGUGCCUUUAAAUCCAAGUCCAGGUACAAGAGGAGAUGAGCCCUGACAGUAAAGCUACUGGAGAGAUUUAUGAAACUACAUUUCAAGAGCGGAUACCUCUAGUCAGUCUGUAACUUUCACAAAUGUGCCACAUUUUAUUAAGGAGACUGAUUUAUAUAUUAGACCCUGGGAGAAUCCCUAUAAGAACUUCAUCCGUUGAGAUUUACACCUUUUCAUCAUUUUAAGAUCAAAUAGAACAAUCCCAGGCUCUCAACUUCCAUUCACUAAAUAGUGUUUACUAUGGGUUCAGUGCUUUCUGGCUAUGCGGGACUCACGGACGUGCAGGAAUACUGCAUUAUAAUGUGAAACAGUGUUUCUCAAUUUUCAACUAUUUUUGUAUCCUUUAAUUCACAUUCACCACUUUCUGUUCAAUUAUGGGCAAUGAGAUGCUUUUUAAUAAUCUCUAUUCAGUGACACACAAUUUCUGCUGCUGAUUCGAGGAAUGUGGCAUUCAGUACAGACCUUCCUCAAAUAACGUAUCAGCAAAAUCUCAUGAAGCAGCUGGCAUAUUUCUGCAAUGGUUUUAAUUUUGAUCCAAAUAGCAUAGGAGACCAUGGUUAAACCAGUUUACAAAUGUUAGGAAGUGAAAUAUCUGCUGAGGUUAGGAAAGAAGAAACUGGCCAGACAUCCUCCUCCCUAUUGUUACUCAGUGACACUUUCCAGUGGUGUACAUAUAUGGGUGGCUAUUGAAGACAGGAUCAGGCUUGUUCAUGAGGCACCUUGUGAUUAAGUCAUGAACAAAAGGAACUAUACUGCUGCUUGGGUAAUGUAAAAGCAGGUGGUAUAGGUGGAAUCAUUUCUCAACAAGAAGGUAACCCGGCCUUGACCAGUAUGUUGUAUUACAUAAAACAUCUCACUUGUCAAGCUUACCUAAAACUGUUUGCAGUAGAUUGAACAGAAGAAAUCAGACUGAAAGCUGCCAUAUUGCUUUGUGAUUGUAUAGCCUAUUUGAAACAGUUUUUUGAAUCUAAAGCACUAUUUAUUAGAAGAAUGGACCCUCACAUUCUUGGAUCAGUUUUUUGUUUAUUCCUUAAGGAUAGUGGAGGUUGUGUUAACAUGUUCUGUACAAACCUGCUCGAUUUCUAAUAAAAGCUAAAAGAAUUGUAUUGACAAAA